UGCCCCGGGCACGCGCGCACUGCGGGCGGACGAGCGGCAGCACCGCGGACAGCGACCAUGCCGCGCUUCACCAUCCACGUGCGGGGCGAGUGGCUCACGGUGCCCUGCAGGGACGUGUCCUGCACCAUCCGGUGGCUGGGCGCGGAGGCCCUGCGGCGCUACACGAAGAACAAGCCCGACAACGGCGGGAUCCGAUCCGUGAAGGACACCAGGUUCGUGGCCCGGAGGUGCCAGGGCCGGGGGCUGCUGGACCCCGACGACACCAUCGAGGACGUCCUCGAGGACAACGAUUUCGUCGAACUGGUUAUCGACGGCGACACCAUGUCACCUGACGUGCCCCCACUCCAGGGCAGACUGUCGCACCUGACAAUUGCAUACAGAGAGCCAGACAGUUACCUAUUGCUGGAUGGCAACAGUCUGACAUCGGCAGACCUUGUCAGUCUGGGGAAGGGACUUCACAAGAUAAAGCUGUCGCCAGAUGCCGAGAAUAAAGUGGUGCAAUCCAGAGAACUGCUGGACACAAUUGUGAAAGACAACAAAGUUGUGUAUGGAAUCACCACAGGUUUUGGGAAAUUUGCCAGGACAGUGAUACCAGUCAGUAAACUGAAUGAACUGCAAGAGAACCUGAUUCGAUCUCACUCAGCUGGCGUGGGCAGCCCACUGAGCCCAGAGCGAACCCGAAUGCUCCUGGCCCUAAGGAUCAACGUUCUGGCCAAAGGCCACAGUGGAAUCUCCCUUGAAACCCUACACAAGAUGAUAGAGGCCUUCAAUGCAUCCUGCCUGUCCUACGUCCCAGAAAAGGGUACAGUCGGUGCCAGUGGAGACCUCGCCCCUCUGUCACACCUGGCCCUGGGACUCAUGGGAGAGGGAAAGAUGUGGUCACCCAUGAGCGGAUGGGCUGAUGCCAAAUAUGUACUGGAGGCCCAUGGUCUGAAGCCCAUAUCGCUGAAACCCAAAGAGGGCCUGGCUUUAAUCAACGGCACCCAAAUGAUCACGUCACUGGGAGCUGAGGCUGUGGAGAGAGCCCAGGCCGUCGCAAGGCAAGCCGACAUCAUUGCAGCCCUUACCCUGGAGGUGCUGAAGGGGACCACCAAGGCUUUUGACAGUGAUAUCCACAAGCUCCGCCCACAUCCGGGACAGAAGGAGGUGGCCCUCCGCUUUCGCUCUCUGCUAGAUUCAGACCACCACCCCUCGGAAAUUGCAGAGAGCCACAGGUUUUGCGAUCGAGUCCAGGAUGCCUACACCUUAAGAUGCUGCCCUCAGGUGCAUGGAGUAGUGAAUGACACGAUAGACUUUGUGAAAAACAUCAUCAACACAGAAAUCAACAGUGCCACUGACAACCCUAUGGUGUUUGCUGAGCGUGGGGAGACCAUUUCUGGAGGGAACUUCCACGGGGAAUAUCCAGCCAAGGCACUGGAUUACCUGUCCAUUGCAGUGCAUGAACUGGCCUCCAUUAGCGAGCGCAGAAUCGAGCGUCUGUGCAACCCAUCGCUGAGCGAGCUCCCUGCCUUCCUGGUCAACGAUGGGGGGCUCAACUCUGGCUUCAUGAUCGCCCACUGCACAGCCGCUGCUCUCGUGUCUGAGAAUAAGGUGCUAUGCCACCCGUCGUCGGUGGACUCGUUGUCCACCAGUGCUGCCACCGAGGACCAUGUCUCCAUGGGCGGCUGGGCGGCACGGAAGGCUCUGAGAGUUGUGGAGCAUGUUGAACAAGUCCUCUCCAUUGAGCUGCUUGCUGCUUGCCAAGGCAUUGAGUUCCUACGACCCCUCCGUACCACAACCCCCCUAGAGAAGGCCUACGACCUCGUGCGCACCGUUGUUAAACCCUGGAUUAAAGACCGUUUUAUGGCUGCAGACAUUGAAGCUGUUCAUCAGCUGUUGUUGGACCAGAAGGUGUGGUCCGUGGCACAACCGUACAUUGAGAAGUAUCGCAUGGAACACAUCCCAGAGUCCCGCCCAUCCUCCCCAACAGCCUUUUCAUUGGAGUCUCCAGCAUCACCUAGGAAACGGGUCCGCCUUGAGUGACAGCUGUCUUCAUAUAGUAUGUCAUUUUUAAAUUAUACAUGCUAAAGAUUACAUGACACACCACCCAAAUGAGCAUUUGUUGAAUAAAAUCAGAAAUGAGGCUACAUAUGAUGCAAAUGUUAUUUUAAUAAUAAAUGAUGUGCUAAUCUCAUACCUGUGUGAAUAGGUGGGUAAUAUGUUGGGAAUGUUGUACAAAUAUUGUAAAAACACAAUCGCUGACUUAAGAUCCUGUAGGUAUUGCAAGGGCAGAUAUUUAGAUGUAAAAUAACUUCACCACAGUAGGCACAUGGCUGUCAUUACGGAAAUUUUCUAAAGCAAACAUCUUAUUUCUACCUCAUUUCUUUGGAUGUAACAUGAGCAAACGAAACUUUGUUUUUUUGUUCAUAAUAUGGACAUUUACGAAAUGGGGUAUCUCUAAAUACAGUACCAAAAAUGUGUUUAAUAAAAUCAAGAC